CGGGGGCAGCGUUGGCGGCGGCGGCUCCUCCUCGGCCAUCCCCUCGGAGCCGUGCCGCUGACGCGCAUGGCGAAGACAGCGGCGCCUACCGAUGGGAGCAGCGAAAUAAGAAUGUCUAAGCCCCUGGAGGCCGAGAAGCAAGGCCUGGACUCCCCGUCAGAGCACACAGAUUCUGAGCGAAAUGGACCAGACACUAAUCAUCAGAACCCCCAGAAUAAGACUGCCCCAUUCUCUGUAUCCCCAACUGGCCCCAGCACCAAGAUCAAGGCUGAAGAUCCCAGUGGUGAUUCAGCCCCCGCCGCCCCCCCGCCCCCCCAGCCAGCUCAGCCUCACCUGCCACAGGCCCAGCUCAUGUUGACAGGCAGCCAGCUCGCGGGGCUCACAGCCCUGAUGCCUGCACAACAGCAGCUUCUCCUGCAGCAGGCGCAGGCCCAGCUCCUGGCCGCAGCCGUGCAGCAGUCCACAGCCGCCGCUGCUGCCGCCGCCGCCUCCUCCUCCUCUUCUUCCUCUUCCUCCUCCUCCUCUGCCUCCUCUUCUGCCUCGCAGCCCCCUGCCUCCUCUGGGGGAGGCGACUUGCCACCACCGCAGCCUGCCAGCCAGCCCCCCGGGACCCCCCAGCUCACCUUGUCCCAGCCCAUCCAGCUCACAGCACAGGACAUACAGCAGCUCCUCCAGCUUCAGCAGCUGGUGCUCGUGCCAGGUCACCACCUCCAGCCUCCCGCUCAGUUCCUGCUGCCGCAGGCCCAGCAGAGCCAGCCAGGCCUGCUACCGACACCAAAUUUAUUCCAGCUACCUCAGCAAACCCAGGGAGCUCUUUUGACCUCCCAGCCCCGGGCCGGGCUGCCCACACAGCCCCCCAAAUGCUUGGAGCCACCAUCCCACCCCGAGGAGCCCAGUGACCUGGAGGAGCUGGAGCAAUUUGCCCGCACCUUCAAGCAACGCCGCAUCAAGCUGGGUUUCACGCAGGGUGACGUGGGCCUGGCCAUGGGCAAGCUCUAUGGCAACGACUUUAGCCAGACAACCAUCUCCCGCUUCGAGGCCCUCAAUCUGAGCUUCAAGAACAUGUGCAAACUCAAGCCCCUCCUGGAGAAGUGGCUCAACGACGCAGAGACGAUGUCUGUGGACUCGAGCCUGCCCAGCCCGAACCAGCUGAGCAGCCCCAGCCUGGGUUUCGACGGGCUCCCAGGCCGGAGGCGCAAGAAGAGGACCAGCAUCGAGACAAACGUCCGCUUCGCCUUAGAGAAGAGUUUCCUAGCGAACCAGAAGCCUACCUCAGAGGAGAUCCUGCUGAUCGCCGAGCAGCUGCACAUGGAGAAGGAGGUGAUCCGCGUCUGGUUCUGCAACCGACGCCAGAAGGAGAAGCGCAUCAACCCCUGCAGUGCCGCCCCCAUGCUGCCCAGUCCCGGGAAGCCGGCCAGCUAUAGCCCCCACCUGGUUACACCGCAAGGGGGCGCCGGGACCUUGCCGCUGUCCCAAGCUUCCAGCAGUCUGAGCACAACAGUUACUACCUUAUCCUCAGCUGUGGGGACGCUGCACCCCAGCCGGACAGCCAGCGGGGGCGGGGCCGGGGCCGCGCCCCCCCUCAAUUCCAUCCCUUCCGCCACGCCCCCAUCCCCGGCCACCACCAACAGCACAAACCCCAGCCCUCAAGGCAGCCACUCGGCGAUGGGCUUGUCGGGUCUGAACCCCAGCACGGGAAGCACAAUGGUGGGGUUGAGCUCGGGGCUGAGCCCGGCCCUCAUGGGCAACAACCCUCUGGCCACUAUCCAAGCCCUGGCCUCUGGUGGAACCCUGCCCCUUACCAGCCUUGACAGCAGCGGGAACCUGGUGCUGGGGGCGGCCGGCGCGGCCCCCGGGAGCCCCGGCCUGGUGACCUCGCCACUCUUCUUGAACCACGCGGGGCUGCCGCUGCUCAGCGCCCCGCCAGGCGUGGGUUUGGUCUCAGCGGCAGCGGCGGCCGUGGCGGCCUCCAUCUCCAGCAAGUCUCCUGGACUCUCCUCGUCCUCCUCGUCGUCCUCCUCGUCGUCCUCCUCUUCGUCCUCCUCCACGUGCAGCGAGGCGGCAGCACAGACCCCCGGAGGCCCCGAGGCCGGCUCCAAGCCCGAGUGAGGGCGCCUCCAGCCUCCCCCCUCCUCCUCUGACCCCUUCUUCAGCUCCCCCCAGCCUGGAAACGAGGUCGAGCAGUCGGGGGACAGACACGAAGGGUCCUCGGAGCAGGAGUGACCAGGGAGGAAAGACCAAAAACAAA